GCUUUCCUCAACUCGUGCUUGUCGCAUUGCAACGUCUUGUUCACUGUAUUGGAUAACGUUCAAUAUGGCGGCCGCGUCUAAAGGGAAUUCUCCCUUGCUAUCUGUUACUUCAAAAUAUGUCGCACCGUCCGACCCAUCCUUGCCUGCCCUUGCCUUGCAAAUCACUAGCCUCGUGGGCUCAUACAUGAUUUGGGUUGGUGUUACGAAUCAACCACCAGAGUCUGUGCAGGACGCAGCCCGCUCUGGUGUUCUGGGCAGAGAUUGGGCAUGCGCUAUGCCCGCACCACCCGGACAUGCAGGCUUUGGACCUGCUACUUCCCUGUUCCGAUCAUCAAGUUCUGAUGUAUCUUUCUCGAUGGCGCAACGUCUUGCACGGAGGUUUCAUCGACAGAUAUUUUUAUCGGUCGAUGUGCCCAACAGCCUGCUAUCAACGCCAAGGGGAUCCCAACUAUUGUUUGAUGCAGAAAAGGGCAUAGUCUCGGCCCUCAACAGCCUUGGAGAUGAGCACGGCCAAGAGGUAUAAUAAAUCGCUUGUUAUCUUUGCGGUCCCCAACCAGUUUGCUGUGCAAAACAUGUGUGGUGCGCAUGUCAUGCGGAUUUUAUCUGCCAGGGUCCCGUAUAAUACAAAUCAUGUUGUCAAAUGUCGUUGGUGAGUACUGAUCUCGCCACGGAGGUAAACCCCUGGCCACGUGUUUUGCUGGGUCUAGAGAAGUAGAUCGAUCCAGUUGGAUAACCUCGUGUUGGCACCAAGUUGGCACUGUAAAUAAAUUUUGUGAAUGAAAAGUUUGAAUUGAUUG